CUUCGUAGAACGAGUAAUCUACCCUAUUCUCGUUAUACACAUAAAAACAAUAAACCGUGACUUGAUAGUAUCACUUACGCGAAUGGUGAGGAACUUGAUACGUUAAGACUAAAGUAUUAAAUAGAAAGAAUAUAUUUUAGAUGAAGUAUUUAAUUGUAUCUUAAAAUCGAUUAUGUGACUGGUGAAUAUUAUGUAAUUUAUGAAAUAAUACAGUGAUAUUAUUGAAAAAAAGAACAGUUUGUAUCUAAACAAAUAUUAAAUAUAAUGUCUAUGUUGAAAUCAAAAGGAUAUCUUUUUCUGGCUUCUUCGCUGUGCGAUGGUUUAGAGGAUAAUGAUAUAAAGCAAGUAACAACUUUACUUUUAAAUAAAGAAGCAAAUCCUAAUACAUUAAUUCCCACAUACGGAGUAACACCAUUUCACUUAGUAAUAGGCAAUGAUUCAGAAGCAUUUGCAGAGGAAGUAACUAAGUUGUUUUUACGCCAUGGAGGAAAUCCAAAUGUUAAAUCUGUGGAUGGAUUGACUCCAGUUCACGUGGCAGCAGCUUGGGGCAGAAUUACAGUACUGGAGUUACUCCUGGCAAAUGGUGGAGAUGCUCUUUGUUUGGAUUAUGAAGGACGUAGUCCAUUUCAUUAUGCAUUUGAUGGGAAAUAUUAUGGAGCAAUAGCGGUGCUUAGCAAAUACUGCGAAAAUGUUACAAAAGAAGAAAAACCGAUUAAAUAUAAAAUAACUUUUGAUAAACUUGUUGUUAACGAUGGAGAUACCAUAGCAGAAUAUGUUGCGUUAUUAGAUACUCAUAUCAUCAAUCAAGAUAUAUUAAAUGUAAAAGAAUGUCAGACAAAUGAAGAAAACAGACUUUCCAAUAACAGGGACAAGUAUUUUUAUUUUAGUGACAACAGUUUAAAUGACAACGAUGAGUAUGAUAUUAAUGCCGCAGAACUCCGACUUCGUGAAGAAAUGGACAGAGAGAAAUGUUUACUUAAUCAAAUAAUUAAUCAACUUUCCAGCUCUUUAAAUUCUAACUCUAAAGAGACAGAUAUUAACAGCGAAUAUAAACAAGUUAAAGACAGUCGGUGCGAUUCAAGUCCAUUGUCCGUAUUAAAUACAGAUGAUAGUUCAAUUUAUGAUGUAAAAGAUAAAUUUUCAUUGAAAACUAGAACAAAAAAGCGGUCUGUUACUCCGAGAUAUAAACGCAGGAUUUUUGGACGAAACAGUAAUACUAAAAUUCCAUUAAUACCAUUGCACGAUCCAAGUGAUUCUAUUAUAAGCAAAUCACCAAAUUUUUUAAUGGGAAAAACAAUUGAAAAAGAUCAAAGAUUCUCAUCGCCUAAAGUAUUAAGCAAAGAAUCGAAAUUUAAAACUUACACACCUUGUUUAACGAGAAAUGGAUCAUUUCGAUCAGACGAGUUUAAUUUUGGAAAAGAAAUGGCAAGAUCCACUCCAAGAAGAAAACAUUGUUAUAGACAGUAUUCAUCGCACAGAAAAUUGAAAAGGAAUGAAGUAUUAACGUCGUCAGAAAGCACAAGUCCUAGUUCGACAAACUCAUUAUCACCAGAUGAACAUCAUUAUCCCAAGUUAUGUUAUAGAUUUAAUAAAAAUUUUUCUAAAAAUCUGGCAGUAAAAUUACAUGAGAAUAAGUAUGACGAUGAUAUGCCAGUGAGUCCAAAUUUUAAUGAGAAGAAAAAUUGUAUUGGAGAAUAUAAUGUAAUGAAAAAUUUAGUAGACGAAUGUAGUAGCAACCUGGAAAGUCUAAAAAUGAAAGAAGCAAAAGACAUGGAAAGAAAGAGAGAAAAUUUAAAUGUAGACAGUGGUUUACAAGAAAAGUACUUAGAAGACUUAAAAGCCAAUGACACUUUAAAUACUUUUAAAGAGAAUUAUAAUAUAUUUUUAUCAAGUUUUCAAUCACAGUCUUAUGUUAGCAUACAAGAAGAAUAUAAAUAUGAAAGUUUAGAAGAAAAUCUCGCCUUUGUGGAACGUAGAAUUUACACUCUACCCCCUUGCAAAUCUGAAGAAGAUUUUUCCACGUCUGAUAAAUUAUGGCCCAAUUCAUUCAAUUUAUCAACAGAUAUAUGUAUAACAAAUGAAGAGUUAAGAAGAAAAUUAAUUAAACUAGGUGACAAUCCAGGACCAGUAACUAAUACAACAAGACAAGUAUAUUUAAAGCGAUUUAUCACUUUACAAAAGAGAACGCAACUAAUAAAACCAGACAACAGAUUUAUUUCUUUUAAGACUUAUAUUAACACAAAUGACUAUAACCAUGAAGUGAAAUCUUCUUUAGCAUAUGGAGACUGGGUAAAUCAAUUAGGAAGAUAUAAAAUUAUUGAAAAAACUGUUUUCAAAGAAUUUUCUGAUGUGGAUCCUUCUAGAAAAUGGAGAGACGGAAUAAACAAAACUAGUUUCAAUUAUUUACUCUUAGAUCCCCGUAUAACAAAAGAUUUACCCUUUCAUGCAGAAAGUAUGACAAAGUCUACAAUUUGGACUACAUUUUUAUCUGCUAUAUUUUAUGUAGGUAAAGGUACACGUAAUAGACCACAUUCCCAUCUAAACGAUGCUUUAAAAAUGUGGACUUCUUCUCAAAAAUACUGCGAAAAUGAAAAAGUUCAACGAAUUAUGAAUAUUUGGAAUGAAGGAUGUGGAAUUAUUUGUCUGCAAGUUUUUCAAAAUGUCAUUCCUGUAGAAGCUUACACUCGUGAAGCUGCUAUGAUCGAUGCUUUGGGACUGAAGAAAUUGAAGAAUCUUAAAAGCGGAGACUAUUACGGAAUAGCAGCAACGUGGAAUAUAAAAGAAAAAUGUAAUUUUGGAAGAUAUCUACUGUACCAAGCAAUGCAAAUAUUUUUACUUGAAGGAGAGAGACAUAUAUAUCCCCAAAAUUUGUAAAAUACGUAUACCUACACUUUAAAAAAGAGAUCAGAAUUUAUCUGUAUAUUAAAAAAUGACCAAUAUAUGUAUACAUCUAUGUGCAUAUGAAAUUUUAGCGGUGCUAAUACAAUAUUUAAAUUCGUGCAAUAUUAUAAAAUGAAAUAAAUACAGUAUAAUAAGUCA